AGGCUCGGCUGACUUGCCGCUUUCACCGCCUAGUGCUUACACCCCCUUGUCUCUUCUUGUAAGGCUCUUCUUUCGUCUGGCUUUACCAAAGUCCCUCUACUCCGUACCAGGGUCCCUCUACCGAGAUGGCUCUACCAAAGUCCUCUGCCAAUACCCUUCUACCGAAGUCCCAGGACAUUGGAGAAUGGUCCCCCGCACAAUGCUGCCCGAUCAAACAGCCUUAAAGGUGAGAUAUGGACAUAGUCUCCGUUCUGCCACGGUUUCCGCGACCACAUGAUCACCGGCGCUUAGUUGCCCAGGCACGCGUAUUGUAAUACAAGGCUAGAGUACCCUCCGCAGAGCAGAAUCACGAUAUGAACUUUUGAUGAGACGACAUGGCUGCACUUCAAUCGCUGGACCACUAUGAGCCGUACCACUACACUCGUCUCAGGCAGCCUGACAAUAUCCGUUUAGUUCGCCUACUUCCUUCUGCCGAUGGCACUGAUGAGCUUAGGGUCGACGUGCUUGAACAAAGUCUCUCCACUGUGGAUGGUACUUACACAGCGAUAUCCUAUGCCUGGGGGGAUACAUCCAUUGAUAUCCAGCGACCAAUUUUCUGCAAUGGGAGAAUCAUCAGAAUCUACCCAACACUACACUCUGCUUUGUUGAAAUUACGCCAUCAGUCCGAGGUCACCUUGGUCUGGUGCGAUGGUCUUUGCAUUGACCAAGGAGCAGACCCCGAGUCUCUAGAGGAGCGUUCAAUUCAGGUACAGAUCAUGUCUGAGAUCUACACGAACGCUCAAAGGGUCGUGGCAGACCUCGGGGAUGAUCUUGGCCAUAAAAAUGAUGAAUUCAUCUUCAGUCUAUACGAGCUUGCAGGCAUCUCGACAAAACACUUGGAAGCUGUCUUUCCAGCGUUCGAAUACCAUGAUUUUUUCAUAGACGAAGAUGAGGAGGACGCAGACGAGGACGCAGACGACGCGGACGAUGAGUACUCAGGCGACGACUACGAGGAAGGGCAGUCGGCGUCGCAAGACCCGGAACAGUCUUCACCGCCCAGACAUGCAAGCAACGCCCCGUCAGAUGAAGGUCGCAGCGUCGACUUGCUCAUUGGACUUCUUCCUGCUUGCGUCCGCCAGAAAUGGCUCUGGCAUUCACUUGGUACCCUAGUCGCUCGGCCCUAUUUCGGAAGACUAUGGGUUAUUCAAGAACACGCAUUGGGCCGUGAGGUCGUCUUCAUGAUAGGACGUACCCAAAUCCGUGGAUCCAUACUCGCUCGUGCAAUGUUACGCCUCUACAAUACCUCGUUUUACUGUCUUGGUUAUAGUAACGAAGUCACUCGAGCCCAACACCGGGUUCCGUACAUGGCAUCGCUGAAUCCUGUCAUAAUUUUCAGAAUACGGGAGUACAUCAUGGGGAGGACCUUUGACCGGUCCAAGAUCACGCUCGAUAGACUUAUAUAUGGGCUAUUAGGCCUUUGUCACGCAGACGAGCGGAACCACCCCUCCCUUCGCGUCGAUUACAGAGAAUCUGUCGAAAGUCUCAGCCUGCGCAUGUCCCGUUUGUUUCUCUCGAACGGCGCGCACUUUGUGCUUUAUCACAGCGUCGGAUGCUGUUCCGAAGCUUCUACACCAUCAUGGGUUAUUGACCUUUGUGCGGAGAAACGUGACGACGUAGGCUCUUUAGUGUUGGCUGAUGGAACAUGCGAUGAUGCCCUGUACAAUGCCGGGCAUGCUCCUGACCAGGCCAAUCCACGCGCUUUUCAGCCCUUGGUAUCGAGAGACUCACACCUUUUGACGGUCACGGCCAUCUUGCUUCCUGCCAUCUGCAGUCUCUCAACCACUUGCCCAUAUAUGGACAAAAAAACGCCUUCCAGCAAGAAUGUCCAUGACUGGGUUUCGGAUCUGUUAACAUGGGCUUCGGACCAAGACAUGCCUACCAGCAUUGAUAUUCGGAAGGCCCUUCUGUCCACCGUAUCAGCAGAUACUCUCUCAUUUUCGGGACACUUCUAUCGAGCCAGUCUCGACGCCGUACUUCCUGGGUCGGAGAUAUUGACCGCUGCGUUGUACUGUAUCGAAUACACUGGCCCCGACAUUCUCACGGAUGACUACUCUCGUCGUAUGCACCGGUCUGCUUUCUCUCUCAUGGGCUGCCUGAUGUUUGCUCAAGGGUGCGCUGUGGGAUUUCCUCUGCGAAGCCAAGAGUUGGUAUCGCUGCUGUACCUUGUACCUGGAUGUGCAAAACCCGGCGACGUGGUUGCGAUCUUCGUAGGCCUACCUGUACCCUUUGUCCUCCGGCCGACGGAGCCAGAGCCGGGGCUGGAAGGACCUGUGUUUCGAAUCGUGGGCUCAGCAUAUGCACAUGGCAUGAUGGACGGUCAAAUAUUCUCGACUUCGUUGCCGGAACAACUUAUACAUCUGAGAUGA